AACCUCUAUAAUCCAAUAAUGGAUAGCGAAGGCCCUCUUUAUGCUGUAAACGUCUCCAAUAGUCUUACACUGCAACUUGAAAGCAACCACCAUUGAAAUUCCAGAGAGACAAAUAACAGUGUCACGGUGCUACGUUUUCGUGCUCUGUUUUUCGGAUGAUUGGUGGGUUUGGCGGAGGGACUUAGACUUCCUGAAUCUCCAUCUGUUCCCUUCUAUAAUCUGCGAGUAUUUUAUCGAGAAAAGUGCGAGAAAGUUGGGGAAUAAUCAGAGGCACGAGUAUUCGUGAAGGAUUCAUGAAUUCGGCCGAGGUCUUCAUGUAGUCUCCGAGGGUUUCUCUGCACUUUCUGGGUUUUUUGGUUUAAGUUUUUAUGGCUCCAGUUAUGUAUAGAAGCGGCAAAUGGUUCCAUGGAAAUGUUAGAGAAGCACUCUUUUGUGAUGGCAAAUAAUAGUGGCUUUUGAGAAAGAUCUAUUUAAGGCUUUGGUUGGUAUAAGGGAGAGUUUUUAUGGAAGAAUCUGUUAUACAUGUGCUUGAUUAGCCUUUUCCAUUGAGAUCCAACUGUAUAUUUGUACAAAAUUCUGCUUGUUGAUUGAAGACAUCUUCAUGAGGCAAAUCUCCUUUGGCACGAGAUACACCUGGAACUUAGUUUCAACAGGACAAAUCUCCUUUGGCAUUACAAGUUCUUUCCCAUAAAAAGACUACUUUUUUUGGGAAGAGCUGGUUAUACACGCGUUAUAUUUUACCAUUUCGCUUUCUGGGACAAAUCUCCUUUGGCAAACUACUGAAGUCUACUCUUGUUGGGAAGUUCUCCACUUCUCCUGACAGCAUAACGGGAGUAACUUCAUAUUAUUUAUUAUAUUGUUAUUGAGUAUCCCAACCGUGCAGCUGGCAUAUCUUCUUUCGCACUUCCUAUUCCAUUUCCUGGAUAGCUUGUCCUCAACCUGCAGGAAAUAUCUCAUCUGGCAGUUCUGGAGCAUUGAUAUAACAACAGCUGUGGUGGGAAUAAUUAUCUUCUCUGGAAGUUUCUUCCGACAGAAGCUUCAGUCCAUUCCUUGGGCAAAUCUCCUUUGGCAUUUUGGAGUUCUUACUUAACUCCUGUCCCUAUCAUCCUGUUAGGGCAAAUCUCCUUUGGCAUAUAAUCUCCAGCAUUUGUAUCCAAGAUACCUUGUUGGAGAUAUUGAAGAAAUAUAUCUAAAUUGAUCAUUGGCACCAAGCUGGAGACCAUAUACUUGUAAAGAUAAUCUUUCUUUGAUUAUCAAUAGGGUUUGAAUCCUUGGUAUAACGACAGUUACCGAUUGUCCCGCUGCAUCUAAACAAGUAGGAGUGAGCACAAGAGUUGGACAUUUCGACUUGUUCAAGAAAGUGCAAAUUUGAAGUUGAUGGAUAUGCUUCAUAGUGACUCCUCUGAUUGGGAGAGUUUCAGUGAGAGUGGCUGCAGUGCUGAUCAAGAGGAACUUGACUUCCUAUUCGGUGGGCAGGCACGGAGCAUUUUGUCAAGUUUGGAGGAGAGCAUUGGCAAAAUCGACGAUUUCCUUUCAUUCGAAAGAGGGUUUCUAUAUGGAGACAUCGUAUGUUCUGCGACUGACCCAUCUGGACAGAUGGGCAAGGUUGUAAAUGUUAAUAUGCUUGUGGACGUUGAAAGCGUCCAUGGAAAAAUCAUAAAAGGUGUGAACUCCAAGAACCUUCUAAAGAUUCGUUCCAUUUCAGUGGGAGACUAUGUAGUUUAUGGUCCAUGGCUCGGAAGGGUUGACAAAGUCAUUGACACUGUAACCAUACUAUUUGAUGAUGGGACAAGAGCUGAGGUAUCUGCAUUUGACCAAGGAAAGGUCGUGCCUAUAGGUCCCAACUUAAUUGAAGAUUCAAUGUAUCCAUUUUACCCUGGACAGAGAGUAUGUGUUAGACUUUCAGCAGCCUCUAAAUCAGCUAGAUGGUUAUGUGGUACUUGGAAACAGAAUCAGGAUCAAGGAACUAUCUGCUCUGUAAAACCAGGGUUGGCUUAUGUCAAUUGGUUUGCCUCUCUGCCAGUAGAUCCUGAUAUGAAGUCACCUGCUCCCCCACUGUUGCAGGAUGCUGAAAAACUAACUUUGUUGUCAUGUUUCUCCCAUGCAAAUUGGCAACUUGGUGAGUGGUGCAUGCUUACAAUUCCAGACCAUAAGGGUGUGAUGGACCAGCUGUUUCCUGGUAUCUCUAGCCAUGAACUCUUUAAAGAACAGAAGAAGAAAGAAAGAGGAUUUAUGAGAAAAGAUCUUCAGGAAAUCUUUGUCAUUGUGAGGACAAAAACCCUGGUUGAUGUUAUGUGGCAGGAUGGUAGCCAUUCCUUGGAGUUAGAAUCACAGUCUUUACUCCCUGUAAAUAUUGUUAAUGGGCAUGAAUUUUGGCCUGGACAGUUUGUGGUGGAGAAGGGCACUUGCAUUGAUCCACCUGUCUCUGGCAACCAAAGAUGGGGAAUUGUGAAGAGUGCAGAUGCAAAGGAACAAACUGUUAAUGUAAGAUGGAAGCCUUUUGAUGCGAAUAAAAUGAAUGGUGUGGGGCAAGAACUGAUGGAGGAAACUGUGAGUUCUUAUGAACUUAUUGAGCACCCUGACUACUCUUACUGUUUUGGAGACAUUGUCACUGCAUUGAUUCCGAGCUACAUUGACCAAGCUAAUGGAGGUAUUGUGACCAGAGAAACAGGAAUUGGUGAGGAUUUGGCUCUUAAAGGCAAAGAUGGCGGUUUAGAUCAGAUCAGUUAUGAUGCUAAAAGUUACUUAUCCUUCAUCGGGAACGUAACAGGCUUCAAAGAUGAUGGCGUUGAGGUGCAAUGGGCUACUGGCCUCAAAUCAAUGGUUCCCCCUAAUGACCUUUUUCGGAUUGAUUUGAAUGAAACUGCUACUGCAACUCACAUGCUUCAUGAACCAAACGUUGAAGAGAUGAUUGAUCAAACUGGAAAGGGUCUCUUAAAAUCCGAUGGCAUUUAUGAAGAGCAGUAUCCUCGGGAAUCUGGAUCUUCCUUCCUUCCUCGUUCCGCAAUUGGACUUUUCACCAGUGUUACAGCAAGUAUAUUUGGAUCCCUUGGUUCCACAACCCUAUCUGGUCUGCUUUCACUUGGCCACUUUGCCAAAAAUGGAGAUCAAUCUAAACUUCCUCAAGAGAGAGAGCUUGUAGACACGUGUGGUCUCUCUGCAGAUAAACAAGCAUUGACAUUACAAGAAGUGCAGCUUAGCAAAACAAGUUCAAGUCAGGAAACUAUUGAUCUUCAGGAGAACAAAGAACUUCAAUCUUCAUCUGUCAGAAAAAAUUCAGAAAAGUUUAGGCGAUUUGAUAUGGUUGAUGGCUGCUCAGAUCACCACUAUCUUGAUGGUCCCUGCGAGGGAUUGGUAUUACCUCAGAUGAAAAGAGUUUGGUUGAAGAAGGUUCAACACGAAUGGAAUAUUCUUCAGAAAGAUCUUCCUGAAACAAUCUAUGUCCGCGUGUAUGAGGAACGGAUGGAUCUCCUUCGAGCAUCCAUUAUAGGUGCACCUGGAACUCCAUAUCAUGACGGGCUGUUCUUCUUUGACAUCCAUCUUCCCCCGGACUAUCCUCAAGAACCACCUUUGGUGCAUUAUCAUUCCGGUGGUCUUCGUGUUAACCCUAAUUUGUACGAGUCCGGAAAGGUCUGUUUGAGUCUCCUCAAUACAUGGACAGGCACAGGAACUGAAGUAUGGAAUCCAGAAAGCUCCAGUAUUUUGCAAGUACUUCUCUCUCUCCAGGCCCUUGUCCUUAAUGAAAAGCCUUAUUUUAAUGAGGCUGGGUAUGAUAAGCAUAUGGGAAGGGCAGAGGGAGAGAAAAAUUCAGUAAGCUACAAUGAGAAUGCCUUUCUCAUGACUUGCAAGUCCAUGAUAUACAUACUUCACAGGCCACCUAAGCAUUUUGAGGCACUUGUAGAGGAGCACUUUAGGCAACGGUCCCAAGACAUUCUGUUGGCUUGUAAGGCAUAUAUGGAAGGAGCUCCAGUAGCAUGUCCAUUGGGGAGUCCACAAAAAGAGCAUGCAAACGCAAACCCAUCAGGAAACUCCACAGGGUUCAAACUUAUGCUCGGUAAGCUCUUCCCAAAGCUUGUGGAGGCAUUUUCUGAUAAUAAGGGAAUUGACUGCGGUGAAUUCAUGUGAGCCAGAAAAAUGAAUAUGCUGGCUGCUGCAGAGGUAUUCUUGAAGUCAUUCCUACCAUGUCUAUAAUCUGUAUAAUAUUAUCGUAUUGAUGCAAAUUUAGAUUCUGGAUUGUUUCUUUCUCAAUAAAAAAAAAAUCAAAAAUUACUCGGUAAGAGCUGUGAUGCUGUAAAUAUACUGUAUUCUGGUGCUGUGUGUGAUGUGUUGAGAGAACCUGGGUCAGUGGGGAAGCAUUGUAUCAUAUUCUGAUUUGCAGAAAUAAAAAAACAAGAUCUAGAUUGGGUUUGCUGUAUA